AUGAACACUCAUAAUCAAAUCGAUACUACAACCAAUGGUAAUCAGCCUGACUUCAACUUGAUAAAGCCUAACAAAUAUCACAAUUAAAGGUCUCAAAGAGCAAGCAACCCUAUGAAUUAGCAAUUACUUUCCUAGAAUAUCGACAUGUCAAUGGUAAACAGAGCUUCAUUUGCGUUAGGUGAGAUUAAUCAGUAAUUUAAGACUUUAGAUGAGAGAUAGAAUCAAAGACCCAUUCCUCAAACUAAAAAGCCUCAAUCCUCUUAAAAUACCCAGAGAAACUUGAAUCUCGUUCAAGCUUCCAACUCAAAUAUCUUCGACGCUAGAAUCAAAGUUGUACAUCAAAGAAGAUCUAGCAAUAAUAGUCACUAGUCAAUGGGUCUCUAGAUCCCUGGCAAAAACAUUCAGCCUCUAAACCAGCUAUCAGCUCUCAAAGAUAUAUACACCAUCAAUCCACUAUAAAACCCCAAUCACUCAAUGAUUAACGACGGUGGAGAGAUAUCAAUUAUUCAAUAAGAUAAUCAGACAUUUAGCAGGAGACAAAGAACUAUAGAUUUUAUUGACCGAACAUAAGAGAUAAGGAACAUAUAGGAGUAAAUCAAGGGAGAGAUUGCAGCAUCUAAUUCUAAUAAAUCCUAUUGUGACUUGAAUAUGACUCAAUCAAAUUUAAAUCAAAAUGAUGAUAAUAGCAUUAGCAAUUUAUCCAUGGAUCAAGGGCAUAUAUUUAAAACAAAUUAGAAGAAAGAUCCUGUUGUAGAUGAAUUCAUUAUCAAAAAGAGCAAAUUGUAAUACAUUCAAUGUGGAAACAAGAAAAUUAAAGUAAAGAGUAUACAGAGAUAUGGAUCAGGGACAAGGAGACCUGAUUUGAAAACAGGGAGCACUGGGCUAUCUAAAUUACAGUCAGUCAGAAGCUAUAAUGAUGGAUCAAAAAUAUAAAUAACAGACUAAUUAAAGCCAGUAGAUGAUGAUUCCUAACUCUAUCAUAAUUUUAUCUCUGACUCUUCAAUUUUAGAUAUUGACAAAGAGAAUACAAACACUCUUAACAGGCAUUAAACCUUCUUCAGUGGAGGUAACCCAACUAAGGAUAGAGAAGUUAUCCUGCAAAAGGUAAAUAAUGCCAGACUCAGGAAAUACUCUAGAUAAUAAAAUGAAAAGUCAAUUGAGUAGUAGCAUUAAGCUUAAAACAUGAACAAUAAUAAAUAAUUUUAGCAAUUCAGGAAAAGAUUUGCUCUUUCCAAGAAUGUCUCAUCAAAGAAUAUGCAACAAUUAGGAGAUAAUAACACUAAUAAGGAGUCUUAACAUAAUAAGCAAUUUAACUAGACAAAGGAGCUAAUCUUUUAAUCUAAAAUUUAGAGCACCCCAUAUUUUAAUAGAACUAGUUAAAAUGUUAGUGAAAAUGUUGCUAAUAUGCAGAUUACAUUUAACUCUUAACAGUUUAAAUCAAUAAAUACCGAGAAUGAAACGGGUCAUGAGAUUCAGCCCAGCAAUACCAAUAUAUUUAGAAGAUCCAGGAAUUCCAUGCAUAUUUAGGGAACUUAGUUAUCUUAGCCCUAGAUAAGUUAAAAUCUAUUCAAUACAUCGAAUGAGCAAGACUAAUGCCACAGUCAUUAAAUUAAUAAAAAACUAAUGAAAAGUCCAAUCAUUAAAAUUCCACAGUGCAUCAUCUUAAAGCCAAACUAAUCUUACUAAGUUGACUAAAAUUAGCCAAUUACCUUUAGGAAUGCUGAAUAAAGCACUAAUGCUAAUUCCUAUAGACAAGAGUCAAAUUAGAAACUAGAUUCAUCCAACAAGAAUUAGAAAUCAAAACUAAGCAGCAACUGCCCCCUACCAAAGAGCUAACUUUCAUCUAGUAGAACUCUCUAGAGAUAGACUUCAUACAUAAAUCCUGCUGACCUUACAAAUUUAAAGAGUAGCCCUCCUUCUUAAUCUCAAGUAGAAGAAACAUUUGCCUAAAUGGAAUCGCCAACUACAUAAUCUAAAGAUGAGUUUAGGAAAUUUUUCUACUAUAGUUCUGAAAAUGGUCAUAAGUUAGAUAUUAGGAAUCUCAACCCGGAUUCAUUCAGAUUAAAAGAUCAUUAGAUCUUACUAAACACUAAAAAUUCCAACUCAGAUCAAUCUCAAAAAUAAUCAAGCGGCUAAUCCAAUAAACUUUAGUAAUCUGCAAAUUCCCAAUUCUAAAUGACAGCUGAUUUUACCCAACUCAUAGCUGAUAAAUAAUAUGAUCCUAACUACAAUGAUAAUAGAGAGGAUCUUUGUUCUUUAGGCAUCUUCAAGUAAGGCCAUGAGAACAAAACCAGUGAGCAAAAAUAGCAACUAAUGGUCACUUUUAUGAACAACUUUUAUCCUUGA